CCAGCCCUCAGUGCUGAAGAUCGAAGCGACGACAAUUUCGGCAGCAACUCAAGGCCCAGCCAUCCAGCCCAUCCCCAGGCCUAGCCGCAUCCCGAACCUAUCACUUCGAAUCCGCGACCCCCGCCAAGAUGCCUUCGGUCAAGAACCCCAACAAGCCGUCCAAGAACCGGCUGGCGGCCCGCGCCGCCAAGGUGCGCAAGACGGCACAGAAGAAGUCGGCCGAGGGCAAGCUGUCGCGCGUCGAGAAGGCCGCAACGAGGCGCGGCGCCAGGCCCGGCCUGCUGCCGACGAGUGGGCCUGGCGCGCCCGUCAGUGCAAAGAAGCAGCGCAAGCUGGACCGGAAGCUGAACCACGCCCUGAAGCGCAAGAUGGAGGCCGAGGGAGAGGUGGAGAUGAAGGAUAUUCCCGAGAAGAAGGCAUUCACCGCCGCUACCAAGGGCGAGGCCGCAAAAGCAGCCGAUGAUAUGGAGCUCGAUAUCUCAUGAGACGCUGGAGGGUGCAUCCGCGGAGGAGUUUAGCCGACAAACAGACAAAAGUCUGUCAUGACGGCUGUUCUCUUAUUUUCCAGUCGAGAGAGAGCUGGAAGAAGCUGGCUCAAGCUCAGUUCCCGGACACAGGCCUGGGCUUCAAAAACCCCGUCCAAAUGGAAGUCAUGAGCUUGCUCGUCACAACACUGCAGCUUAUAUACCCGAGCUUGGUGGGAGCAGCGACCCCUCGAGCGGAAGAAACGCUCGCACUGUUUGCGAGGGCGGCGCCAGCUGGCAAUGGGCAGCCAUGACGGUAUCCAUUGGCCACCACCAUUGUGCCAUGUCACUGAAGAGAUACCACGAACGCGGCGACUAUAUCAAGCAGAUACGCGCUUAAUUGACACUGUUCCUGAGUCGUCUUGGUGCAGGCUCUGUCCUCUCCGUUUGUUCUACGGU